AUGCCGGCGCCACCUCGCCUCCUCCCGCUCCUCGGCCGCCUCCUCGUCGGCGGCGAGAUACGCCGGAGCCCGGAUCACCUCCGCCGCAUCAUACCCCACCUUCCUUCGCACCCCAACCUCGCCGCCGCCCUCUCCAGCCUCUACUUCCCGCUCUUCCCCUCCUCCGCCACCUUCCUCCACAACCUGCUCAUCCGCGCCUCCGCCGCGUCCCCCUCCCCGCGACUCUCCUUCGCCGCAUUCUCCUCCCUCCUCCGGUCCGGAUACCUCCCCGACCACUUCACCUUCCCUCCACUGGUGAAGUCCGCUUCCCGGCUCCCCUCUUUCCAGCGCACGGGCGCGCAGGUGCACGCCCAGGCUGCCCGGCGCGGGUUCUUGGCCGACACCUUCGUUGUCAAUUCUCUGCUCGCGAUGUACGCCGCGUUCCGCGACACGGCGUCGAUGCGGGGCGUGUUCGAGUCGUGCGCGGAAGUCGCCGACGUGGUGUCCUGGAACACGGUGGUUUUUGGAUACGCGAAGUGCGGGGAGAUUGGGAAUGCCAGGCGCGUGUUUGACGAAAUGCCUCAUAGGAAUGGCGUAUCCUGGAGCGCGAUGGUGGGAGCUUAUGCGGCUGCUGGGGAACUGGAUGUAGCGAGGGAGAUGUUUGAUCGGAUGCCAGCCAUUGGGAGGAACGUCGUCACAUGGAACUUGAUGGUGACAGAGUUUGCAAGACAUGGGCUGUUGCCGUUGGCGAGGAAGAUGUUUGACGAGAUGCCGGUCAGAAACCUUGUGUCAUGGAACGCAAUGAUCCGGGGGUACGUGAUGAAUGGAGAGAUGGAUGGUGCGAGGGAGUUGUUUGAUGUGAUGCCAGAGAAGGAUGUCGUUUCUUGGACGUGCAUGAUUUCUGGGUAUGCACAGGCUGGGCGAUAUGCGCAAACCCUUGAGCUAUUCAGGACAAUGCAGAGCCAUGGCGAUAUCCGGCCUAAUGAGGUGACCAUGGUGAGCGUGCUCUCAGCAUGCGCACAUUUGACUGCUCUCGAGGAAGGGAGGUGGGCUCACGUCUUCAUUGAUAAGCACAAGAUGGUGCUCGACAAUGAGUUCAAUCUUGGUGCUGCUCUCAUAGACAUGUAUGCCAAGUGUGGGAGAACAGACAUGGCUACCAAAAUUUUCCAUUCCUUGGACCAGAAGAAUGUCUCCGCCUGGAAUGCACUCAUCACUGGACUGGCCGGAAACGGUGAUGCUCGGCGAUGCAUUGAUGUGUUUGAGCAGAUGAAAAUGUCAGAAGAAAAGCCGGAUGACAUAACAUUCGUCAGUGUGCUGACAGCUUGUGCCCAUGCUGGGCUGGUUGAUGAGGGUCGGCAGUUCUUUCAGAGCAUGUCAUCUGCUUGUGGUGUGCAGCCGGAGCUCAAGCACUAUGGUUGCAUGAUUGACUUACUUGGCCGAGCAGGGCUGCUUGAUGAGGCAGAGGAGCUGAUCUGGGGCAUGCCAAUGGCCCCAGAUGUCAAGCUUCUGGUUGCGCUACUAGUUCUUACAAAACCAUGGACCAAUAAGGCAAUAAUAACAAAUGCCACUGCACAAGGGUACAUAUGCAAGGGUCCUUAUGAUUUCCUCACGGAAUAUGAUUGCUUUCAUCUCCAGCAUUUCAUUCAGGCCGUCCUACCUUCUCCAAGUAAUCUCAUCUCUCAAGAGUCAAGACAGUACAUUACAGUUAAAGUCUUGAUAUGA